AGUUGGCAUUGAUGAACAACCUCCUAAAAAUUUAUCUACCAUUAACAGAGAGGGCCCGAGGAACUGGAGACUGAGCGGCAGAUGGCCUCUGUCAGCGGCCGUGUCCCCGCGUAGCUACCGCGGCAUAAAGAGGAAGAGGGAGGGGAUGUCGAUCUGCGCCGUGGAGUCUGCCGGCGAGUGGGUGGAGAAACUGUUAAAGCCGAGCGAGCUGCGAGCGAGCUGCGAGCCAGCCCGUAAGCGAGGAGGAGGAGGAGGAGGAGGAUGGCAUCACCGCGGGUGUGCGUGACCGGCGGCGGCGGGUACAUCGCCUCGUGGCUCGUCAAGCUGCUCCUCUCCCGGGGCUACGCCGUCCACGCCACCGUCCGCGACCCAUGUGACCAGAAGAACGCGCAUCUGAUGCAGCUGGAGGGGGCGGCGGAGAGCCUGAGCUUGUUCAAGGCCGACGUGCUCGACCGCGCCGCGCUCGCCGCCGCCGUUGAGGGUUGCCAGGGCGUCUUCCAUGUCGCCUCCCCUGUGCCCGCAAACAAGAUCGUCGACCCUGAGUCAGAAAUCAUGGUGCCUGCCGUGAAGGGCACCCUAAAUAUUCUUGAAGUUUGUUCAUCUCUGAAGGUUCAGAAGGUUGUGGUGGUGUCAUCCACCGCUGCUGUUCAUUCUAACCCCAACUGGCCUCAGGGUAAACCCAAAGACGAGAGUUGCUGGUCCGACAGAAAAAUAUGCAUGGAGAAGGAGGCCUGGUAUAGUCUUGCUAAAACUGUUGCUGAAGAGGCAGCAUGGGAAUAUGCAGAGAAGAAUGAGCUCAAUGUAGUUACUUUAUGUCCUUGUAUUGUUUUUGGGCCACAAUUGCAACCUGUUGUCAACACCACCAGUGAACUCCUCAUCUAUGUCAUAAAAGGCGCCCUCGGUUUUUUUUUCUUUUUGCCCUAGGAUUAUCAUUUACCUCACAAAAAAAUUCAUGUCUUUCGAUGGAAAAAAUGCAGUAAUCACUUGCAAGGCUCUCUUGGAAUUUGUUAUGGAUUUUUUCGACGUUCUAUAGAAUAACCUUAUGGAAAACUCCUCUCGAUAUUCUCUCUUCUUGAAUUCCUGUAAAAUUCCUAUAGAAAUUCCCUUUAUUGCUUCAUGAUUCGAGAAGCCACAACAUACAAAUCUUUUUUUUUUGGCAUUUCCAUUUUAUAAUCUUGUGCUCCAAACUGCCAUUAAUCUCCAAUUCAGGCCCUUAUGUAAGAACUACAAAACUCAUUUGUGCUGUUGAAGAAGGUUCUUAAAUAUGAUUGGACUGAUGUUAUGGAUCUUAAUAAUGUCUUGUAUUGCUUCUUCUGUUUGUGCACAAUUAUUUUUUACCUCAUCGUCUUAAUUGCAUGGUAGAGAUCUACUUGUUAUGUAUUGUUGACGGCUGGGAGCGCUGGAAUUUUUAUUACAGGAGGUCCUAAUGCGUUGAAUGACACGGCGUUGCAAAUAGUCGAUGUCCGUGAUGUGGCCGAUGCUUUGCUUCUGGUAUACGAGAAACCCGAAUCAUCCGGGAGAUAUAUCUGCGCACCAAAUUACAUUAGCACAAAGGCUUUGCUGGAGCUGCUAAAGAAGACGCACCCUGACUACAACUAUGUAAAAUGCAAGGCCGAGACGCAUCAAAACUCUCCUGUCACGCCGAUUUCGUUGGCAAAAUUGAGUAAUCUGGGCUGGACGCCGAGGGCAUUGGAGGAGACGCUCCUGGACAGCAUCGAAUGCUACCGCAGGAUGGGAAUUCUGCAGGAUGUGGAGGGACAGACCUACCGCCUUCCUGAUAUUUUCCGUCAUUAUCAAGCUGCCAACGGAUGAGUGCAGGGUGGCAGUGCCCAGUGCUUUCUACAUAAGUCAUUGUGCUUGUGACUUGCUGAAUGUUAUGUGAAAUAGUAAAGGAUAUGUCGGUGCUUUCAAUCUCAAGGGCAGAUGAUAGGAGACCAGAGAGUGAAGCUGCUCGUUUUGCCUACCGUAGAUAACUUUUCAGUUCAGGAUUGUACGUAUCUCCUUAUUUUCUGCUGUGUUGUGUCGAGGUCUCGAGGAUGAUUAUGAAGAUGUUGUUAAGAACAUUUACUCUUGUCGAUAAUAAAGGAGUAAUGAUAGGAUCUGGGAUCCUACCAGGUCCAGCUCGUAGGUUGUAGGGAUGGAAGGGGGCAGAGCCGGUCCUGAGAGUUCGG